CUUUGUUCCUCCCUCAUGUCGGACCUCUUGGCACUCCCAUCAUCACUUUUGUGUGACGCUCAUAAUCUCGGCGAUUGCUUCACUCAUCAUCCACUUUUGCAAAAUCAUCUAGUCGUGCGCUGUCGGAAGCCGCAGUCUUGUUCGAUCCUAUCUACACAUUUCUGAAGGAAGCAGACAAAUGCGAUUCAAUCAGAACAUCAUCAUAUCUCAAAUCAUCGCACCGGCCUAAGAUGGAUCAAGGCAGGAGCUAUGCUCCGCCCAACCUCGAAGAUCAGUUGCGACACAUGAUCAUGAACCGUAAUCUUCCUCAGCAACAGCACGACCCUCGCUCACCAUUCCCGCCUUCUGACAUGGCUCAUGGUUAUACUUCGAGGCCGCCUCCUGGUUUUGGAAUGCCUCCGCCUUUGGACCACCACCCGCAAUACUCUAACAAUGUGCCCAUGAAUCGUCAACAGGAUUUCUCUCAGUUCCUUCAACAACAUCAGGUAACCCCACCGGUCCCUAUGCCAUCUCGUCAUGUACCUCCUCACAUUCACAAUGGCAACACCCGUGCUCAAGGUCCUCAUCGCAACCAAAACUCACGACCCAUGGACCCGAAUGCUUUCGAAGGACCUCCUCCUCAAGGUCCUCGUUCGCAUCAAUCUCACACCCAGCAUCAAGGCCAGCGUCCGCAGCAAUAUCAAAACUCGAAUCAACAUCAACAGCGUAACCUGUACCAACCUCAGUCACGCCCUCAGCAGUCUCACAAUUCUUACAUCGAGCGUCAGGCUUCUUUCUUGGAUUCACUCGCCACUCAGGAAAUCUCAAAGACGCAAAUGUUGGACUCUGAGAUCCAGAUGAAGGAUGCUUUCCGUAUCAAACUGCAAAGUAUCUUCGAGAAUCUCAGGUCUCCCGACCCGGAAAAUCCUCUUCCUUCUGUUGAGUUGGCUAGCUUUGGUAGUCUGAGCUCUGGCUUUGCGACCGCUGGCUCUGAUAUGGAUCUAGCUAUAGUAACUUCUUCCGAACACGAUCUGAGCCAGCGCUUCUCCUCCCAUGAGAAUGGUCUUCCCCGCGUCCUCGAAAGGGAGCUACUUGACAAUGGCAUUGGUGCUCGCCUCUUGACCCGCACCCGUGUUCCCAUCAUCAAGAUUUGCGAACAGCCAUCCGAAGAGCUCUUGGAAGCCCUGCGCGAGUCUCGAGAAAAAUGGGACAAUCUGCCAGAAGAUGAGAAGUAUGCCACCACAAAACCAUCUGCCGAUGACACAGCCUCAAAGAAGGAAACUUCUGAAACUCAGUCCUCGCCUGCUCAGCCAGAAGUCCAGGUCGAUGACAUUGAGCAGUCUGCACCAGACAGUGUGGUUCAUGAUUCUACCGAGCCUUCAGAUAGCGUCUCUCUGCUCGUCGAGUCUACCCAAGCUUUGCACCUCGACCAGCAGUCGACUUCAAAACCAGAUCAGGUGGCUUCGAAGUCAGAAACUACACAACAACCUCAGGACAAGCAGGCAAACCGGCAGCGAAACGAUAGAGGUUGGCGACGCGAAAAGACAGUCGGCCCUCUCGACUUCCCAAAGGACGGUGUCGGCAUUCAGUGUGACAUCAACUUCUUCAACCCCUUGGGUAUUCACAACACUCAAAUGUUGCGAUGCUACUCGAAGUGCGAUCCCAGAGUCCGACCCAUGGUGCUUUUCAUCAAGUCAUGGGCUAAGCGCAGAAAGAUCAACUCCUCCUACUCGGGUACCUUGUCAUCUUACGGCUACGUCCUGAUGGUUCUGCAUUAUCUUGUAAACGUAGUACAGCCGCCCGUUCUGCCCAAUCUCCAACACGAAGCUGAGGCCAACGGCAUGCCUCCUGUGAGUGUCGAUGGUUAUGAAGUUCGCUUCUUUGACCAAGAAGAUAUGAUUGAACAGCGCGCCAGUCAAGGUGCAGUCACGCAGAACAAAGAUUCAUUAGGCAGUCUUCUUGUCGGUUUCUUUAGGUACUACGCUGUCAAUGCUGGUGGAUUCUUCUGGACCCGUGACGUGCUGAGCUUGAGGACUCAGGGCGGUAUUUUGUCCAAGGACGAAAAGGGCUGGACAGGUGCAAAGACCGAAGUCGGCGAGAACAAAGAAGUGCGCCACCGCUAUCUCUUCGCCAUCGAGGAUCCAUUCGAGACCACACACAAUGUCGCGCGAACCGUUACUCACAACGGCAUCUGCGCCAUCAGAGACGAGUUCCGUCGCGCAUGGCGCAUCAUCAGUGCCGUUGGUCGCAACAGAGAUGAACCAGAAGGCGGCCUGUUUGAUGAGUUGACUGAAGCCGAGGAACACACGCCUGCUUCUACAGCUCCACCGCCGACGGUCAACAAGGUGCAGGCAUAUGGUCAGCAGUUCCCCACACUCGCUGGUCCUGCCAAUCUUGCUGGACAGAAGUCACAAGUACCGGAGCGUGUGCCUGUUCGACCAGUUCAGCAAGCUCAAGCUACUCAGCCUCAACCGAAGGUGAUCGCACAAGAGCCUGUUCAGUCGCAGCCAGAGGCUACCCUUCCUCUUCCUCGUGGUAAAGGACGUCGCCAGAAGUUUGUGCCUCUCAGUUUCUAGAAGUGGUGUGGAGUCUGUAUUUUCGUUGUUAUCUCUGAGCAUGGCGUACGGGGUUUUGCAUGUAAGAGCUCGCUGAAAUGCAUGAUGCUUGGCUCGGAGCGAUCUGGACGGAGGCAUACCGAGGAGUCCCUCAUGGUUCUGCAUAUGAGCAACGAAUGGUAGAGAAAGCACGAGUUUAU